GUUUCUCUGGUUCGACCCGAUCAGGUUUAGUGGCCAUCCCUGUCACGACGCGGGCGUUCAGCCACUUUCUGCAAUUUGUCUGGCCAUAACACGACCUCGCGACGACAAACAGUGACACAUAUGAGUGCAGGACCAAUUUCGAUUCUGGGCUGCAUCAGGUGUUGACCUUGCAAACCCACAUGUGAGGGAAACAACUCAUCCCCUUGUUGCGCUCUGAUUCCCUGUAACCAUCGCACCUAUGGACAACCAGAAUGUCCCGUACUAUAGCUCGGAGGAGGAUCCAUCGAUGGCAGCCAAUAUCCUGAGCCAAUUCACCGCAGUUAAUGCCAACCGAAGCUCCCAAGCAUCUGACCUCAAAGCUAGGAAGCAGAUAAUUCAAAUCAUCCCACCAACAAUAGAUAAUGAGGAUGACUACGCUUUUUUGCCUGGCUCAUUAAAGGUUGAAGAAAUCAUUGACAAAACGAACGACUCCUAUCCGCCAAAAUAUUCCACGAGACUCGCAAGUGGGGAUACAGUUAAUCUGUCUGCCAACUUGAUCCGAACACUUCGCAACGGACGGAAUGCUCUCUCCCAAUACAGUCAGCUUGGUCCGAGACCUCCAACGCUCAGUGAUACCUCAGAAGAAGGCACAGUAGGUCUUCGCCGUCGCCCAAGUAGAACGCGACACCAGAAACAUAGUUUAUAUGUGAACUCCACAACCCUCAGUUUGUCUUCAGAUGACGAUCCUCUCUCGAAACCAUCCACAAAAACUAGUCAUGGGGCGAGGACCACGAGAAGACGCUCCUCACGUAUACACCAAACCACAGCCCCUAAGGACUCCGAGGACGAAACUGAUGAAUCAGCAGUCAAUGGGCGGCGGAGAAGGCGGAGACGACUACCUAUGCGACCUUCCAGACCAGAUACUGACGAUGAAUCGAUGGAGUCCUCAUCUUCAGAACCGCCCGGAAGACGUGGACAGCGAACCAGACGUCCUAGACGGCUCCCCAGGUCUUACAAUUUUGACAAACCCCAAAUCGGCGUGCGGUCCUCACAGAGAGUCAAGUCGUUAAAAUGCAUGACAGAACGCCUAGAAGAUGAUAUUUCAGAAGCAGAAGAUGACAUACCCCAGGUGAAAUAUUCAGCCACAAAGGAAUUCUUCAGGAAGCUUUCAAAGGACGACCCUUUUCGAACCCGCCAUCGACAUCUGUGCAACGCUUGUCUCUCUGUUGAUUAUGAAAAGGGUCCUCUCAUAUUCUGCCAAGGAUGCACUACAUCAUAUCACCAGAAAUGUCUUGGUCCUCGCAACCAAAGGGAGCACUUAGUAACUAAGGUUGGGGAAGCAGAUUUUGUUCUGCAGUGCCGACGCUGUUUAGGCUCUGCCCACACAAAAGACAUCCUUGCUCCUCACCAGGGUGCUUGUGCUCAAUGCCAUCAACUCGGCCCACUGUCAAAACCGUUAAGACAACGAAUGACGGCCCGUGAGGAGCAGAAACUAAGGGAAGAGAACGGUGGUUCCGAUCCCAUAACCAAUGUUGACAUUCCCUUGUAUAAUGUGGAUUCUAUCCUGUUUCGGUGUGCUUCAUGCGAGCGUGCUUGGCAUAUGAAUCAUCUCCCUCCUAGAGGUGAAAAUCGAAAUCCCUCCCACAGCCUGGAAGAGAGUGAUGGUGCAGAUGACAGCGAGCAAAGGUUUAGAAAAUAUUCCAGGCGGUUUACCUGUGAGGACUGCGCCAGUAUGCCUGGUGAUAUAGAAACUCUUGUUGCUUGGCGCCCAGUUGACCUUAACAGCUUCAUUCCUGGAUAUACUUCAGAUAUGAUGGAGGAAAUUGCGAAGGAGUAUUUAAUAAAAUGGCGAAAAAAGUCUUACUUCCAAACGUCAUGGAUGCCUGGCCCGUGGGUUUGGGCCAAGGCCGCCCCUGCCACCCGGAAAGCAUUCAGUAAAUCUUCAAAAUCCUUGAAGCCGAUAAUAUCAAAAGAAGACGCUAUCCCGGAAGAGUUUUUACGUGUUGACAUAAUUUUUGACUUGGAAUACUCGAAUGUGGUCAGCAACUCAUCACUCGAAAUUGAUAUGGCCCGCGUCAAAGAGGUAUCCAAGAUCUAUGUCAAGUAUAAGGGCCUACCAUAUGAGGACGCUGUGUGGGAAACAAUUCCAUCGCCUAAAGAGACUGAGCGCUGGCAUGAUUAUCAGAUGGCAUACCAAAAUUGGGUUGCUGGGAAAUACGUGCGUGUGCCAAAAAGUCACAUAUUGAAGAAAAAUUUAGCUACCGCAAGGUCCAAAGAUUUUGCUACACAGCUGGUUAAAAAAACCCAGCCUCCCUUGCUAACAGGUGGCCAAAUCAUGGAUUACCAAAAGGAUGGCUUGAACUGGCUCUACUACAUGUGGUACAAAGAACAAAAUGCCAUCCUUGCUGAUGAGAUGGGGUUGGGGAAAACAAUUCAAGUAAUUGCGCUUCUUGCGACCCUAGUUCACGACCACAGAUGUUGGCCUUUUCUUGUUGUCGUUCCUAAUUCUACAUGCCCUAAUUGGCGUCGGGAAAUAAAGGUCUGGGCACCCAAGCUACGGGUUGUGACAUAUUACGGCUCCUCGGCGGCGAGGAAAAUCGCACAUGAUUAUGAAAUGUUUCCGGAUGGCUCUUCAGAUCUUCGAUGUCAUAUCGUUGUAACUUCGUACGAGUCAAUGAUAGAUGAGACGGCGAGACGACUGUUUUCGAACAUCCCCUGGGCUGGAUUAGUUGUUGAUGAAGGUCAGCGCUUGAAGAACGACAAAAAUCUGUUGUACGAAGCUUUGACGCGCAUCAACUUCCCGUUCAAAAUACUUCUUACCGGCACACCUCUACAGAAUAAUAUUCGCGAGUUAUUCAAUAUCAUCCAAUUUUGCGACCCGUCUAAGAAUGCUGAGGCCCUCGAGCAGCAAUAUGGGGGAGAUUUUACAAAAGAGACGCUUACUGAACUACAUGACAUGAUCCGUCCCUACUUUCUUCGCCGAACAAAAGCUCAGGUUCUGACAUUUUUACCACCAAUGGCACAGAUCAUUCUACCAGUUACAAUGAGUGUUGUGCAGAAGAAGCUUUAUAAAUCGAUUUUAGCCAAGAACCCACAACUGAUUCAGUCGAUUUUCAAGAAAACCCCAGGCGGUACACUGAAACGGACGGAACAUCACAAUCUGAACAACAUUUUGAUGCAGCUUCGGAAAUGUUUAUGCCAUCCCUUUGUCUACUCUAAAGCCAUUGAAGAGCGGGCUAUCAGUGCGGCUUUGUCCCACCGAAAUUUGGUGGAAGCUUCAUCGAAACUUCAAUUGUUGGAAAUGCUCUUGCCUAAGCUACAAGAAAGGGGCCAUCGCGUAUUAAUAUUUAGUCAAUUUCUGGAUAACCUGGAUGUGGUUGAAGAUUUUCUCGACGGCCUGGGUCUGCUACACCGCCGCCUUGAUGGUUCUAUGUCGUCUCUCCAAAAACAGAAGCAGAUUGAUGAUUUUAACGCUCCCGAUUCACCAUACUUUGCUUUCUUGCUAUCUACUCGGUCUGGAGGUGUUGGGAUUAAUCUGGCAACUGCGGACACGGUUAUCAUUAUGGACCCUGAUUUUAACCCACAUCAGGACAUUCAAGCUCUGUCGAGAGCGCAUCGAAUCGGUCAACGAAAGAAAGUCCUCGUUUUCCAAUUGGUGACCAAGGGAUCCGCGGAAGAGAAAAUUAUGCAAAUCGGCAAAAAGAAGAUGGCUCUAGACCAGGUCUUAAUUGAGCAUAUGGACGCGGAGGAUGACACAGAAGUUGAUUUGGAGGCCAUCCUUCGCCACGGAGCAGAUGCCCUCUUUGACGAUGCUACCACGGACGAUAUUCACUAUGAUAACGAGUCAAUUGAAAAGCUCCUUGACCGAAGUCAGAUCGAAAAUACAAAAGCUGGAGAUGAUGGCUCCGCUGAGUCCCAGUUCAGCUUCGCCAGGGUGUGGGUAAAUGACACACUCUCAGACAAAUUAGGCGAUUCGGAAACGGCGACUCCAAAUGAUACAGUAUGGAACAAGAUUCUACAGGAACGCGAACGUAUCGCUGCCGAAGAGGCGAAAGCAAACGCUCAAGCAUUAGGACGGGGAAAGCGCAAGCGUCAAACGGUUGACUAUGCCUUUCAGUAUCGCGGUGUAGAGGGGCAUCUGUUGUCAUCACCGAAAGCCUCAGGAAAAGACGAUACCGAUGCAGAAUUUCAAUCAUUUGGCCCUGAAUCUGAUCCUGAGGAUGCUGAUACUGAUGGCGAUUUUGUCAGCGAGUCUCGCAAAUCGGGUACCGGAAAGGAUAUGGGAGGCAAACAGUCUACUAAAGUACGCCCUUUCAAGCGGACCACAGUGCCCGAUGUCAGCUUGGAGUUAGAUAGCACAAUGGAUGGGAGUGGAGAAUCCAGUACUACAUCCUGUCCAGUGCGCCGCUGCGUAGCCUGCGAUCAAAUUCAUCAAACCGGACACUGCCCGCUGAAAUUAGCUGGUGUUGAACAUUGUGGACUUUGUGGGAUCGCGCAUUAUGGGCGCGGGCGAACAUGUCCCCACCUCAACUCGGAAACCCAAGUUGCUUUAAUGCUCGGCUCCCUGAAGGAAAGCCCCGAACAGCGGGCAUUAGUUGACGAGGCCACCAAGUAUCUACGAGGCAUUCGAGGCGACCUGGUGAGGAGGAAAAAGCUCAAGCUAGCCAAGGGUAAGGAGGAUUCCUUGCCUCAGGCCCCCCCUCCUCCACCGAUUUUUCACCCAGCCCAAAACGUAGCAGCAUAUCUUCCUGCCAAUCCGCCACUUCCAUCGCAUCAUCCAGACCAAACUAAUACGGCAUCUCAUCCGUAUCUACCACGAUCGCUGCCCACACACCCACAACAGUCAUACCCAUAUUAUCCUUAUCUAUCUCCCAGUGGGUCUAGGUAGAAAUGAUCCUCCAAUUCUUUUCGACGCGCAAAGCCAUGAUGCCAUGAUGUAUUAAUUUAUUUAUGGCGAGGGUUCUCGGUAUUUACUCGUGUAUUUUUUUUUUUUUUCUUCUUUAAAUUUGCGAAAUGUAUCAUAUCAGCUUGAAGUUCGCAUGCGAUUUUCGAUGUUUAUAGGGGGGGUGUGUUAUUGGGACGAGAGCAAAAAGAUCACACUAGAGCGGACCUUUGUUUUUAAAUUCCGCUGCUAAUUUUACUCUAAAGUAGAACGGUCCGUUAUUAGAUAUUUUGAAGCUUUAGCUUAAGACCAUCAACAAAGGCAUUUGGUAGAAAUUUCCUCGUGAAAAUUGAGAAUUUCAAAUAAGCAACAUUGAAUCAAUGAUUAGUUAUUAGUGACUCACUCUUUGAAGCUAAUCUCAAAUAGGUAAUAA